GUGUUCACGGUGGAGGAGAUGAUGCCUCACCUGCAGGAAGUUAACGGAGCCGUCACUAAGAACCUCUUCCUGAAAGACAAGAAGAAGAAAAACCUGUUUCUGGUGUCGGCUCGCCACGACCGCCAGGUGAACCUUAACGACCUCGCCAAGAAGCUCGGCGUCGGCAGCGGCAACCUGCGCUUCGCAGACGAGGCGGCCAUGUUGGAGAAACUCAAGGUGGGUCCGGGCUGUGCCACGGCCCUGGCCCUGGUCUUCGACGUGGACCGGACCGUGCGGUCGGUCCUGGACCGGGACCUGCUGGAGGGGGACCACGAGCGGGUCUACUUCCACCCGAUGACCAACACCGCCACGGUGGGACUCCGGCCUCAAGACCUGCUGCGCUUCCUCCGGGAGACGGGACACGACCCCGUCCUGCAGGACUUCCUUUAGGACACCCCCCCCCCCCCCCCCACCGUCCAACAGGAAGUCCUGUAGAAACUGCCAUGUCGGACUGGACCGACUGGUUCCUGAAUGCAACGCGAACAUUUUUAUGUUUCAUUGUUCAGUUGGGACGACGCGUUUGAUGUCCAACGCCCCAAAAAUACAUAUAUAUAGUUAUAGGCAGAGGAUCCUCGUUACAAACAAGAUCCAAU